GCUCAAUCUAUUAUUAAGGGUUUUGACAAGUUUCCGUUUUCGCUAAUGGGAUGUGUCACAGCCUUUGACCUACCGGCCCUAAUAGACGAAAUGUUCUAGCCCAAACAAUAGUAUACAUGUUGUACUGGAGCUAAGAAAUCUUUAUCUCGUGUCCCAGCAUAAUUUCCAAUGACGGCUUCGGCAACCGCACACAUUGCCUCUGGGACACCUGGGGUGCAUAGGUCGGCCAAAAGCUCCAGUGCGCUGCAAAUUGUGGACGAGUUCCAUGCAGACGAAUGUGAUGACGAUGAGCCCGAGGUUAACGAGCAAGAAAUGGUCGAUGACGCCAAUGGGAAGGAAAGUAAGGAGUCAGGAAAGCUGGCCACUUGGUUCAAGUCGCUCUUUAAGUCUAAGGACAAGGGUUCAGCGAAGUCCAGCAAGCGCACGUCGGCUUCCAGCUCUCGAGCUACGUCGACGACCCAUGGCGCGACCGCACCCCCACGUCAGGUAGCCCCUCCCAACCCCUCCAAGCCCUGCAGCUCAGCAGCUCCCAGUGGCCAGGAGGUAUCCAGCGCUGCUUCUCAGCCGGCAGGGCUCCGCAGCAAAAGCACGCCCCUUGCACCCGCUCCACCUAACGGGGCUUCCUCUCCGCGAGCGGUACCUAACAAGGUUUCGCCUACAACAAUUGCCGAGGACGCUCCAAUCCAACAACCACGGCCCCCUAAUGCCUCGGCAGGGGGGGCCGAGUCCAUUUCGGUGGCGCCCGCCUCACGUUCCAAGUCUAUUAGCCUGAAGUCGGAGCUGCAACGCUUACGCGGCUCAGUGAACCAGCAUUCGAAGUCCUUUACGGAGCUUUCGCUGAAGGCCAAGAUUAUUCCAAAGCGAGGCAACGAGAUGUUGAUUGUGUCGCCGUCGGCGCCGCCCCGUAUGCAGCGCUCGGAGUGGUCCCUACGGGAUUACGCAGUUGUGGAGAAAAUGUACAAGGGCUACGCCAGCAGCGUCUAUAAGGCCUUUUGCAAGCGCUCCGGCGAGCUGGUGUGCCUCAAAGCGUACGACAUGGCAGCCCUGUGUGAACUCAACCGCUUCCAAAUCUACAGAGAGGUCCAGUUGCACGGCAAGCUUGCCCACAACAACGUGAUCGGGCUGUACGGCGCGUUCCAGGUGGACAGCCAGGUGGUGAUGGUUCAGGAGUUUGCGGACGGGGGCGACCUAUUCACGCUGCUGCACAGGUACGGCGGUCGCAUGCCGGAGCGCCAGGCGGUGGAGAUGGUGCUGCUGCCGUGCCUGCGGGUGCUGCUGUACCUACAUGAGCAGGGCAUCCUCCACCGUGACCUCAAGCCCGAGAACAUCCUCUUCACACGCAACAUGACCUUCAAGCUGUGCGACUUUGGACUGGCAAUCGACCUGCGCGACGAGCGGGCGGUCACACGAGCCGGGACGCUCGAGUACAUGGCUCCUGAGGUGCUGGAGUGUCCCUUCAAGAGCCGUCCCAUUGACAACAAGGAGAACGAGCGGCUGCACUACACGGCGGCAGUGGACGCCUGGGCGGUGGGUGUGCUGGCGUAUGAGCUGCUGGUGGGCCGACCGCCCUUUGAGGCGCCGGAGAGGGACGGUGUGGAGGAGUGCAUUCGCCGGCAGAACCCGCGCUUCCCCUUUGGCCUCUCGGAGCUGGCCCGCUCCUUCAUCGCCACCGCGUUGCAAAAGGAUCCCGAGCAGCGACCCACGGUUCAGGAGAUGAUGUCACAUCCCUUCAUCCGCGGCGGUUCCGCAACCGCAGCAGCAACUGGCGGCAGCCACCGCGGCGGCGCCGCCCCCGGCGCCUCAUCCACCGUCAUCACCGCCGGCGCAUCGCAACCUCCUCGCCCCGUUGGCACCGCCACCAAUGCAGCCCUGGGCGGCAGCGGCAGCAAUGCCGCACAGAUCAGUGGAGCUGGCGCUGCCGCCGCCGCAACGGCGCAGAAGGUCGGCUCCAACGCAGGUGCCGCGGCGGCGCUAGCCGCCGCCAACGUCAGCAAUACCUCUGGCGCCGGUUCGGCUUCAUCCGCGGCCUCCGCCAAGCCCAAGUCCAAAUCCGGCGGUCCAAAGGUACAUGCGGCCUUGCUGGGAAGCCGCGCCGUGGCGGCUGUGGCGGGCGCCAUGGACGACGAUGACUUGGGCGUGACCGCGAUGGCCAGCCGCAUGAAGAGUUACACAGCCGGAAAGGCCAUCGCAAUCAGCCACCAAGCCCUGCAGGCCAACCGUCACGUGCACUUGCCGCACGUGGGAGAGGAUAUGGCGACCAGCGGCGCGCGUGCGGCGGCCUUGGCAGCAGCUGCAGCUGCAGCGGGGAGCGGCGGUGAGCACGGCAGCACCAGCAGCGGCGGCGGCGGCAUGACGCGGCCUGGACAGCUGAUGAGCGGGGAGCAGAUGGGCGGCCACAAGCUCUCGUCUCUCAAUCCCAAGCUGGCUGCAGCCCUGGGGGCUUCGGGAGCCGCAUCUGCAUCCGGCAUCAACCGCACUGCGAGCGUGUCUCGUCUGACGCGCUCUUGAAAAGCCCUUGACCCAAGUAUGUACCAAGAACCCAAGUCCGCAAGAGGUUCGUGCUGUACAUGCACGGCCCUAUGGGGUUAUUGAUGGGGGAGUAUGAACAGCUCCCCAGGAGCGCUCAGCCGAUUAUGCGUUAAGUGUUGCGGGCGACAGUAAGUACGGAGAAUCGGCAUGAGUUUUAAAUCCGCGUGUCGCAGCAGGAACGCUGAGAUGUGCAGGUUGGGCUCAUGCGUUGCAUGGAGGAAUUCUUGUUGCAUCGCCGUGUACCUUUUGCCGUGACUGCCGGUUUUGACCGGUUACACGGUGUAUUGUUUCCUUUGUUUGCCAAAAAGGAUGUGCGCAACGAGGAUGUUUGCCAGAGCAUGGCGAAGGCAGGCUUUGUUGUGAUUCCUGAGCAUUGGUUUAUGGCUUUUCAUGGGUUGCCGUGAUCUAGGCUGGGGUUCUAUGCGUGUCCUGAGCUAGGAUUGACGCUGAUUUUUGCGAGAGCUGGAGAUGCAACGCGGAAUAAACACCGUCCGCCUGUUGUGGGUUUACGUCGUCUUUCCCCAUGGUACUUUGGGAUGCAAACAGGCGAACCGGUUUGAGCCCGGCACAUGUGGACGUCGGGUGCUCUGCCGUGCUGUCACCCCUCUUGCGACCAGCCGCCCGCCUUCAUUGUCUUUGGUGAAUUGGAACUGCAAUGUGUGGAAUGUUAAUUCGACGUGGGGUGGUGUUCAUGGUAAUUGGGGUUGUCAUGGGAAAUGGGUGGGGGCGUGGGGCAUCUAAUAUUUCUGGGUCGAAUGGGCAACAAUUCAGGCUUGAAAGUGGAAAGGCUGUGAGCAAACUUUUGUUACCUCAAUUCUGCACCCUUCCAUUCCUAGAACGGCAGGUGCGUGCGAUAUCGUUUAACAACAGGCUGUGUUCAGAAUACAACUUCCUGUGUGAUUGCGACAUGCCUUUUGUGAUUGAUCGCUUCUUACGAGGGCUGCCGGGGGCUGCAUGGAAUGCAUUUGUUUAGGGCGCGUGUUGGUGUCUCUUCUGGGUUCGGCAUCCACUUGGCUUUAACCGCAUGCCCACGGUUUGUGGGCUUCAGGCAUGUGCUUACACGUGAGGGGGCCACCUGCUGUCAUGGUUUACGCUGGCGCUGAGGUUGUUAUGCAGACCCCCUGGAAGGACUCUAUAACAACGCGCGUCGGCUAUUGGCCUUUCAGCUCGUUUGGGUUAGAUUAAGGGCAAAGGCUGCCCGCGCGCGUGUCUCGGCCACUUUCUGUAUGCACUGCGCGUGUUUUCAUCGGUAUGGUCGGCCGGAGAUGGCGGGUGCGGGCUGCGUCACGGGGGAUUAUGCAUGGAGGAUGUGUGAAUGGUGAGAAGCUAAGGGAGACGUUCGGGUUGAAACGCGGGAAGGGGAAUAGGAUAUCUCUUUAUGUCUUCGUAAGGCAGGCUGCGAUAGCCAUUGACCCGAUACAUGUUGACCAUGCCUCCCCGUGCAUGUGUCGUGCAUGUUACAUAUUACGAGCCGUUGGGUUGGUUGCCUGAUGCCAGGGCCGGCCGAGAGUUGAACGACUUCCUGGUUUGGUGCUGCUGGUGUCGACGGGUCGAGACAUACGUCAUGGGCACCAAGAGGAGGGCUGGUUAGGGCCGUCAAUAUGAGUCUUCCAUCGGUUUUUAUUGUAGGGAUGCUUGAGCCUGGGCCGCAUAUGUGACACAUGAGCUGUGAGCAGAUGGGCGCACCUUGAGAGGAGCAUUUGGGUGGUGACACAGAUCAUGUCGGUAUGCAUAUUCUGCUUGGUUCAGGGGAGUCAGUGCAUCGCUUGUACAGCUUAUGUCACUGCGGUCGCUAUCCGUCGUGGAGUUGGUAGAAGGGGCGGGAGAAUGGCUUUGGGGGCCUUUGGACUGGCAUUUCACGCGGGUUUUCUCGUGAUAAACUUGCUCGUAGCUGUUGGUGUGGCAAUCGUAUGGGUUGUUGUGCUUUUGCUUGGUUCUGCUGUACCACCAAUUUAUGCUUGGUUGCAAGCUCGGCGUUGGUGUUGGUGUUGGGUCGGGUUUGGGUGACUUGAAUUACUUAAAUUGGCGCGGGUGGCUUUCUUACUAGUCGCUAAGCAUACGUCGUGUGUUGGCAACUGUGGUGUAAUAUGGUUUUAACGUCUUUGGCGUCCUGUAAACAUCCUCUUAUGGCUCUCUGGGAGUAAUGGCCGGUGCAAUCUACAAAUGGCGUCUCGUCGUAUGGCCGCAUCGUGCUCUCUCUCUAUUUGCGUUUGUCGUGUCGGUACUGUAGCAGCAAUGCGAGAAGCGAUGCGCGGCAAACUAGAGGCGUGGCUAGCGGCAUGAAUUUAUGGCCAAAAGAUGUACGUACCGUGACGUGUUGUGUGUUUUUCUACCAGUUUUUACUUUUGGAAGAUCCGGCGUCUCCCAGAAUGGACGCCAUUCAGGCUUUUGGUAGUUUGGUGUCAGAGUUUUGGGUUGUGAAUGGUCGGCCUUGUAAUCGUUCCUGCCUU